AAAUGUCCCGGUCCGACCCUCUUUCCCCUCCGGUCCCCGUCAUGUGUUUAGUACCGAGCCUGGGUUGAGUGCUGGUAUUAUUUCACAGGGUUGCUAGUUUCUAAAAAAAUGAGCUGAGUUUAUUAAAUUAUUGGAUUUAAAUUCACCUUUUUAUUAAAGCGAACACCUGAAGGGUUAAAGGUUCGAGCGGGGAGUGUAGAGCUAACUCAGCUAGCAUUGCUAACAAGCUUUCAGAGUAAAGAUCUGAAGUCACGAUGGAUCCGGAGAUAUGUGCCCCGUCUCUCCGCCAGCAUGGGCUCUGAAAGCGACGUGCUGAUGAAGGAAUACCUCAAGAUGAUGACUGAUAUGAUUGUGCUGUGUGCCACUCUGGCACUGUCCCUCUUCUUCUGGAUCACCUCCCUCACCAUCAGCUCCUACUACGGUACUCUACAGCCGGUGUCACCAUGGCGGUGGCUGUUCUCCAUCCUGGUCCCUCUUGUGCUGACGAUCAGAGCGCUGAAGAGUCGCAGUCUGGACAAAUCAGGAGCCCUCGGAGCUCUCCUGGUCGGGUUCGUUCUGACGAUGGCGAACUUCAGCUUCUUCUCCUCCCUGCUGGCCUUCUUCAUCACCUCCUCCAGACUCACCCGCUGGGGCGGAGCGCAGAAGAAGAAGAUAGACGCCGACUACAAAGAAGGCGGACAGAGGAACUGGCUUCAGGUUUUCUGUAACGGGGGAGUUCCUGCAGAGCUCGCCCUGCUCUACAUGAUCGAGGUGGGUCCGGGUGAGAUGCCCAUAGACUUCAGUAAGCAGUACUCCGCCUCCUGGAUGUGUCUCUCUCUGCUGGGGGCGCUCGCCUGCAGCACAGGGGACACCUGGGCGUCAGAGGUGGGGCCUGUGCUCAGCCAAUCACAGCCCAAACUCAUCACCACAUGGCAGGAAGUCCCAGCAGGAACAAACGGAGGAGUAACCACCGUCGGACUGGUCGCCAGCUUCCUGGGCGGCUUUACGGUGGGCGCCGCGUACUUCGUGACGCAGCUCCUGUUCCUCAGCGACCUUCACCUGUCCGACCCACAGUGGCCAAUCAUGGUGUACGGGGGCGUGGCCGGCCUGCUGGGGUCCAUGCUGGACUCGUUCCUGGGAGCUCACAUGCAGUACUCAGGGUUCGACGCGAGUAUCGGGAAGGUGGUGGGUUACGAGUCCGCCACGACUCGCCGGAUCUGUGGGAAACCGAUCUUGGACAACAACGCCGUCAACCUGUUCUCCUCUGUCCUCGUGGCGCUCAUCCUCCCCGGCCUGGCGUGGGGAAUGUGGCCAAGAUAGACUCAUAAACAUCACCGAGCGAGGAACCGAUGGGGGAAAUAAUCAUUCACAUAACACGCCGACGGUUCGGUCAAAGAAACAUCAUCAUGGUACAUUUACAGAACAACACAGAACAGCUGUGAUCAAAUAAAACACUUCUUAAACUUUAAAGAGGAGGAAGAAAAACUGUUACAUCAACUCCACCUGACGUCCGUCUGACUGACAAAACAGAUAUUAUUAAUUAGUGUCCUCAAAGAACAUUAUCUCAAUCACAGGAAGGGCAGGCUGGAAAGAAAAUUAAAGAUAUUUACUCAAAUAUUAAAGAUCAUUUCUCCUUAUUGAAAAUAAAUAAACAAAGCUAGGCAAAGCUGAAUUUAGGAAACAAAUGUUUAGUUAUAAUUAUGAGAAAGAAAGUCACAAUAGUAAUUGCUUUAACAAGCGAAAAACUCACAUUAUGAAAUAAAAAGUUAUAAUUAAGAGAUAGAAAAUUUAAACUCUGCAAUAAAAAGCCUAAAAAUAUGUGUGAAAAAGUCCAAAUUAUGAGGUAAAAAGUCAAAAUGUGUGAAUAAAAUGAUUUUACUAAGAAAUAAAAAUGUUGAAGUGAUGAAAUGAAAUUCAAAUUUGAGAAUGAAAGUCCAAAAUGUGCAGCCGUAAGUCAUUAUUAUGACAUAAAAUGUCAAAAUUCUGAGAUAAAACAUCUACAUUUAGAAAUUAAAUGACAUAACUCAGAGAUAAAAAUGUUGAAAUGAUGAAAUUAAAUUCUAAUUUAAGAAUUAGAGUCCAUAAUCUGAGAGAAUAAGUCAUAAUUAUAGGAUAAAAUGUAAAAAUGAUGACAUAAAAAGUCACAAUUAUAAGAUAAACGGUCGAAACACAGAGAAAAUGUUCCUUUAUGAGACAAUAAAACAAAAUGAUAAUAAUAAAUACACUAAUGAGAUAUAAUGAUGUGAAAAAAGUUUCUUAUGAGAUAAACAGUUGAAAUGAAAAUUCUCCUUUAGAGAUAAAAAGUCCAAACUAUGAGAUUAACUGUUUAAAUGAAGGUUAAAAAUCUCUUUAUGAGAUUAAAAGACAAAUAUCUGUUUAUCAUUAUUUAUUAAUAUUACAAGAUAACACUAUAUAUCUAUAUCUAUGAUAAAUAUGCACACACUAAUGUUAAAGGAAAGACACACUGGACGUGUUCAGGAGGAGAGACUGAUUCAGAGUGAGAGAUAACAAGCUGUGACUUUAAGAACAGCUUUGAGUAACUUGUUGGUUUGCUGUUGUGAGCGAUGAUGCUGAACUCCGAACCUGAACCACGUCAGGUCCUUAAAAACAAAAACCAACAACCGCCAAACUACCGACCCCGUCUGAAGAGGAACCCUGUGAAGUGAACCGCGAGGACGCUGUCUCUUUAAGGGUUCAGAGACCAAACAGACUCUAUCGUGGUCUGAUGAUGUUCUUCUUGAGAUAUAUUGAUUGUCUUUAAACUCUUUGUUGUCAGCUUCUUGUGUUUGUAUGUUGUGGAUGUGACGGGUCAGAAAUGUGAUGUUGUGAUCUCUGUUGUAAGAUAAUAAUUCUGGUUCUGGUUUAGAAAAGUGAGUUUAGGGAUGGAGAGAGAGAUGGAAGCCCGGACGACUUGCAGUUGUUUUAUUUUUGUGAUGAGAGGAUAAACUUCUCUCUGUGAUUAUUUCAUCCUAUCAGGGGCUUGUUGCAUUGAAGGAAAAUAAUGUUUUAAGUCUUCUUCAGGAAAUGUCACACUUAAACGUUGGUGUUAAGAUCCUUAAUUUGACAUCACAAUCUUCUUCUUCUCUGUUCUUAUAAUUUGCACUUAAAUGUUUUUAAGUAUGUUGUUCUGCUGCCUGUAUUAAGAUUUUAAAGCCUUGAUGUGAUCAACAGAAGUAAAAAAGGUUAAACUAGGCUUUAAUAAAUCUGCAGUUACUCUGUGGUCCAGGUCUACUGAGGGAUUCAAACCACGCUGAAACUUGAUCUGGAUCAACACAAAACCAAACGGCUGUGACGAUAAAACUACUGAAGAACACGACGUCUCGAACUGCUGUUUAACUUGAUCCGUGCUGGUUUCAUUUGAUGUUUCAGUAUUGAUGUUGAUUGUAGUGAAGGUAGAAAGCUCAUCUCAUGUCUUCAUGAGUCCGCUUUAAUCCUGUCUGAACAUAAAAAUGUAUACCUCUGUACCCCUGUUAUAUUAAAGACACACCUGUAUAUCACUACCUGCCAAUCAAGUGUUAAUAAACUGGAACUCUGUUUUAAA